UCAGAAGAAUCGUAAGGGAGUGGUUAGCGCAUGCGCAGUCGCAUGGCAACAAGUGGCUUGUCACUUCGUAGCAGAACUGCGGAACGUGGUGCUGACGUCACCGGGCCAGCCAGGUGGCAUUCCGAGGAGAAGAAGCGCGUGCACCUCUCAGUAACUGAAUAGCGGAGCGGAGAGGAGCGCUUCAACAUGUCUUCGGCGCAAGUCUCCUCGUCGAGGAGACAGUCGUGUUAUUUGUGCGAUCUGCCGCGCAUGCCGUGGGCCAUGAUUUGGGACUUUACGGAGCCCGUGUGCAGGGGUUGCGUGAACUACGAGGGCGCGGAUCGGAUCGAGUUCGUCAUCGAGACGGCGCGCCAUCUGAAACGGGCUCAUGGCUUUCAGGAGGGGAGAUCCCCGGGUCCCGCGCCGCCGCCUGCGGUGAAGACACAAGCGGGGAUGUCAUCCAAGGAAUCCGUGCAGCUGAACCAUGUGGACGGGUCGUCUAAACAGCAGCAACAACAGCAGCAGCAGCAACAACAACAGUCUGGUUUGGACCGAUACGCGCUCAAUACAGAGAGAUCCCGCUUUGAUUAUUCCAGCAUUGGCGCGCACAGACUUCCUAAUGGGAUCGGUGGACCAAACGGCUUUCCCAAAUCAGACGACGGGCCGCCUGAAUUGAACAGACAGAGCCCGAAUUCGCGUCGGAACCACGGGCUGGUGGCGGUGGCGGGACAGAUGAGCGUGCCGCCGAAUUUGCUUCCGCAAACCCUGCUGAACGGCCCACCGUCGGCGGCGGGUAUAGCCCAGCACAGCCUGACCGGGCGACCCCCUCCUACGUCGGGCAGCAUCGGACCGGGAAUGACACUAUCAGAGCAAGGUAAAAGACCCGGUUCUGUUUCCAGCACGGACCAAGAGAGGGACCUGAAAGAAAAGCAGCGUAACGCGGAGGCUCUGUCUGAACUUAGUGAAAGUUUGAGGAACAGGGCGGAGGACUGGGCGAACAAACCCAAAAUAGUAAGGGAGACGCUAAUCACACUUUCCAGUUGCACCCCGUUUGAUGUGCGGUUCAAAAAAGACCAUGCACUCCUGGGUAGGGUGUUUGCUUUCGAUGCCAUUUCUAAGCCAGGCAUGGACUAUGAGCUUAAAAUAUUCAUUGAAUAUCCCAGUGGAUCUGGUAAUGUGUUUUCCAGCGCGUCUGGUGUAGCCAAACAGAUGUAUCAAGACUGCAUGAAAGACUUUGGCAGGGGGCUCUCCUCUGGUUUUAAAUAUUUGGAAUACGAGAAAAAGCACGGUACGGGUGACUGGAGACUCUUGGGUGAUUUACUACCGGAGUCGGUGCGUUUCUUUAAGGAGGGGCUCGGUGGUGAAAUGUUACCCCAGCCUUACAUCGACGCCAGCUGCCCCCUGUUGCCCUCGGCGCUGGUCAACAUGCCCCGGGCUGUGGCGUCGGGCAGCGCGCUCAGGACGGGCGUGCGUAAACGCAAAGCCUCUCCAGAACCGGACUCGGCGGAGAGCGAGCAGCAGAGACAGCAGUGGAUGGCGAGUCAAAGCGAAGCCCUUAAACUCACCAUGGCAUCCGGAUCGUUCACAGCCUCACACGGCGGACCCCCACCCCUCGGAUCAGUCCACUCCAGCCGAGCCACACCGCCCGAAUCCGCCCCCCAAAACGGACAGUCCCCUAUGGCUGCGCUCAUGUCAGUCGCAGACACUUUGGGUAAUGCGCACUCACCAAAGGACAACAAUUCCGUGCACUCCACCACGUCUACACGACACAACAGUAGCAGCCCGGUCUCCCCCGCGUCUGUCUCCGGGCAACGGCGUUUAGCCUCCAGAAAUGGGGAGAUUAGUCUAUCCGGGACACCUUCCCAAUCCGGUGCGCAUCAGGGCAUGGAUCAGGUGCACCCACAGAACAUUCCAGACUCGCCUAUGGCAAAUAACGGACCUUUGUGUUGUACUAUCUGUCACGAACGUUUAGAAGACACGCACUUCGUUCAGUGUCCGUCAGUUCCUAACCACAAGUUUUGCUUCCCGUGCUCCCGAGAGAGCAUCAAAGCGCAGGGGGCCACGGGAGAGGUGUACUGCCCCAGCGGAGAGAAAUGUCCCCUGGUAGGGUCUAACGUGCCUUGGGCUUUCAUGCAAGGCGAGAUAGCGACCAUUUUAGCUGGGGAUGUCAAAGUAAAGAAAGAAAGAGACCCUUAAAUAUGAAUAUAUAUGCUUCCUGCAUCAGAAACAGUCUAUUUACGGUUGUGUAAACCCCGUGAGCUGCCUACCAAACAGCGUUUUUUCUGAUCACAGGUGCGCGCGAUUUGGGCACCAUAUAGACGCGCGUUAAGUGCGCAAACAUGCGUUGCACGUGGGCAGCUCGCUAGGUUUUACAACAGAGCGUACUUGUUGUGAAUAUUGAAGUUACAAAAAUAGUCCAGUGUACAGAGACAUUCGCGCCACGAAGGAGGAGGCGGUGGUGUGCGUGGAAACAUUUUUACGGCACUUUUACGGUUUACGUUUCUAUUCGAUUUCAUACUUGUUUCCACAUCUACAUGUACAAUCCCAAGCAAAAAAAAAUUAUUAUUAUUAUUAACGAAUACACUUUUGUGGUAGGUAUAACAAACGAAGUGAGUCCAAGAGAGGGCAUUUGUUGUUUUUUGAUCUUGUCAUUUUUUUAGUAUGAUCUUGAAAACAGCGAUUUUUGAUUUGUAUCCCGUGGUAUGAGAAAACAGAUAUAUUUUAUUACGUGAGUUCAUUCUCUCUUUUUGCUUUAAAAGUUGCACGGACGCUUUAGUAGAGCAGAAAAUACUGUAAAUGAAAAAAGAAAUGCUCUGUUUGUUUAUACAUAUUUCUGUAGUAACAGAAGACUUGUAACGUGCCUUGGAGCGGAGUAAAUUGUAAUAAAUUCAUUAAUAUUAA